UUUUUGUUGAGGUGGUAAAUGGGAAUUUGAAAUUGAAAUUUUCCCUCUCUUCAACCUCUGUGACAUACUCCAUUGAUUGAAGGUGCCAAUGCCAUCAAAUUUCGAAGCUUAAACCAGAAAUCGCAAUGGAGAAGAGGCUUCGCUCAUCUCUACAAUCCUCACCGCAAGAGUUUCUCUCCCUCGCCACAACGCUACCCCUCAAAUCUUCCAAACCCUCUCUCAAAACCCUAAUCCACUCCAUCAAACCCUCCUCCACCGCCUCCUCCGACCUCCCUCCCUCCCUCUGCGACUCCAUCGCCGCCUCCGUCCAAUCCUUCCACAACCUUCGUGACAACAACCCCUCAACCCCUCCCACCAAGCGCCUCCGCCGCUCUUCCCGCCAUUCCAAAACCCCCUCCAAACCCCACCCCGACGAGAAGGACGAGAAGCAGAAGCUUCUCGAGCGUCUCGAGAUUCUCGCCAACAUCGCGCUGCUGUGCGUUUCGCACCCUGGGAAAGCGUUCUCCCCGUCAGAUCUUCUCCCUGGUGUGCAGGCGCUGCACAAUAAUUUGAUCGUGUUUGAAUCGGAUUUGGCUUUGUCUUCGGUGAUCGAGGGCUUGUGUGAAGAAUGGUGGAAGGAGAAUUUGCCUGAUCGGGAGACGUUGAUUUCCCAGACUUUACCUUUUCUGCUCUCUAGGUCGCUGACGCUGAAGAAGAAGGUGGAUGUGCAUAGGGUUUGUGUGCUUCGGGAAGCGUUUGCGCUUUUCGAUUUUGAGGACGAGAGCAUUGAGGAUUUGAGGCUGUUGCUGGUUCGGUCUGUGAUUUCGCCCUUGUAUCUGAAAACAGAAGACGGGAGGCGGUUCCUGUCGUUUAUCUUUGGGUUGAGCAGUCAGCUUGGGAAGGAAAUGUUGGCGAUGAUUCGUUCCCAGAUACCAUUUGGGAGGAAAUCAAUGCUGGAGGCAUACGGGGAUAUUCUGUUUCGGGCAUGGAAAGCUGCACCCGAGGAUUCGAGGGUUGAGUUUGAGAAUGGGUUCUUGCAGGAUUUGAUUGAGGGUGCCAUACAUGCUUGUUCUGGAGCUUUUGCUUCGUAUAUUAGGAGGGUUUUUGGAGCUUUUAUUAACCAGAGGACCACCGAUGGGGUAGAGAAACUACUCUAUCGACUUGCCGAGCCUAUCAUAUUUAGGUCUUUGCAGGUUGCAAACUCAAAUGUUCGUCAGAAUGCUUUGCAUUUACUUCUGGACAUGUUCCCCCUUGAAGACCCUGAUGCCACAAAGGAGGAAAAGGAUAUUUUGCUUGAUAAACAGUUCUUUUUGUUAGAAAGGUUGCUAACGGAUGAUUGUCCAGAAGUGAGAACAAUUGCUGUUGAGGGUUCAUGCAGAGUCCUUCAUCUAUUUUGGGAAAUCAUUCCUUCACCAAUCAUAACAAAGAUACUUACAAAACUUUUUGAUGACAUGUCUAAAGAUGCAUGCAAUGAGGUUAGGCUUUCUAUGUUGAAGGGCAUCAUUUAUUUGCUUGACAAUCCACACUCUCAUGAAAUCCUUAAGGUGCUCUUACCAAGACUGGGGCACCUGAUGGUGGACAAUGCUCUCACAGUAAGAGUUGCUGCAGCAGAUCUCUUACUCCAUCUAAAGGAUGUCAGAAAUUAUCAGUUCAACAAGGUGGUGGAUCUAGAUUUGCUUUUGUCUUUGCUUGCUAAUGAUCAACCUCCUGUGGCUCAGAAGAUAACAAAAUUGCUUAUGCCUUCAUACUUUCCCUCCAAAGUACCCAUGGAGGAGGCAUGUAAUCGCUGCAUUACACUUGUAAGAAGGGCUCCAAUGGCUGGUGCAAGAUUUUGCCAGUUUGCCAUCUUGGAAGGAGCAUCUAAAACUCAUCUUUUGGAAUUGGUCAAAGUACUCCUGAGUUUGGUUCUGUCAAUGGAUAACAUGGAAGAAAAUCAGAUUGAGGGUUUUCUUGUUGCUGCUAGCUACCUCUGUGAUAACUUAGCCUGUGAGCCAAGCUAUAUAAAUGGUCUCAAGGAGUUACUUACUGCAGAGAAAGUGAAAGGCUUACUAACAGUAGUUUCUUCUAAAGCACAAGCUCAGUCUUCUUUAUUCAACAUUCUCUCCAUUGUCUGUCCAAAUGAUGUUAAUGAACUUCUUGAGAAAUGCUUGGCGGUCGUCACAAAUUGCAGCGGUUUACCUGAAGAUGUUGAUCGCCAUUCUGAAAUGAGAUCUUCACAUAAGUUGUUGCUUUCAUUGGGUGGUUUUGAUGAGAUGUUUGAAUCCUUAACAGCCCUCUUGCAUAAGGCUGCCUAUCGUUGUCACUUUAAAUUUGGCACAGACAUGCCAUCACAUAGUGUUUCAUUUGGUACGAGUAAGAAAUCAAAAUCCUCUGGAAAAUCUUCGAUGAAGUCAAAGAUAAUUAACAAAAAGCAAUCUUUUGAGGAUGAUUAUUUACUAGCUGUUGGGGCAGCGUGGCAAGUCAGAGAUUUGUUUCUGCAUGACGAUACCAGAAAAGCUAUCUUGAGAUCUCAACCUUUAGAAAUGUUGUUUUUUUCUCUUAAGGUGGUUUCUGAGGUCAGCAUUGUGCAUUCAGGACACUAUGAAUAUAUGGAUAUAUCACCUGUUCUGGCAUACAUCACCCUUGCUUUGCAAAUGGCUGUUGACAAUGUUGACACAGGUAGUAUAAAGAAUCAUGGUUCAACGAGGAAGAAACAUAAGGUUGAUUCUUCUGCAUUGCUUUCAGAGACUGUCUUGCAGCUGACAAUAGAGCACAUGCUCAGCUGUUUAGAAAAACUAUUUGGAGCAGAUAAUAUCAUACAAGAUCACAAUGAGGAUCCAGAUAACUUGCAGUCAACCAAUGGGAAAAAUAAAACUUCUGCAAAAAGGAGAAAGUUAUCUGCUACAAAUGCGUGUCACCGAAGUAGUGGUGGAUCUGAGUUCAAAGAACCCCAACUAGUAUUCUGUAAGGUGAAGAUGCUUACUGCUGUUCUCAAGUUCAUGGCUGAUACCACUGCGAUGUGCUUUGCUCCUGACAAUCAUGGAUUAUUCUUGGAUUACACAUCAAGGUGCGUACACGAUAUGGUGUCUUCAUUGGACCGGCUAUCUCAUAGCCAAAUUCAACUGAGGGAAGAGGAUAAAAAAAAGAAUAUAUUGUGCCUGAAAAGCUCUUUUACCUAUGCUGCAAAAAUACUCAAUAUGAUACUCACAGAUUCUAGUGGAUCCUCCACAACUCCACCACAAGCUUUUACUCUAGCCAAUAACUUGCUUGAUUUAAUCAUUUCAAUUGAAUCAUACAUGGGCUCUGGAUAUGCAUCACGUCUUGUUGCAGCAGCAAAGCCUUGGCUGCCAGAUGUGGUUCUGGCAUUAGGAUCUGCAAGUAUUCUACAAGAUCCUGACAUUGGUAGGGAACAUUUAACUCCAUCUGAACAAAUGAAGCAGCAGUUUCCAAAAUGGCCCUUGAUUGUAGCCCAGACCGAGCUCUCUGGACCAAAUGAAGCUGAAGAAAAUGAUGAAAGUCCUCAACAGGAGAAAUUCUCUGCAUUCAAUAAACUUCUGGGAAUGCUGAUUGUAUUACUGAAAAAGAAUCCCGAUAUAAUGGAUGCAGUUGGUGUUAUUUUCCUGGGUUCUUCACUUGUUGGGCUAGAACAAAAGGACUCUGGGCUUGCAUUAGGACUCUUGCAGUUUGUGUGUUCAAAGUUGUUUAAAGAUGAUGACAAGAAUUGGGGUGACAUGAUGCUGUCUUCUCUAGAAGAAAUCUAUCAUAAGAUAGAGAGGGAAAUAGCAGAAGAAAAUGACGAUGAUAAACUGGGGAAAUUACUCCGUGCAAAGGAGUUGCUCGAACCUCUUUGGACAUAUCAUCUAUAUGAAACUGGAAGGUUCACCAUGACUGAUGACUAGAAAGAGUU